CUCGUCGAUGAUUGGCUUGCGAAUUAGAGACGUGAUUUGGCCGUGCUGCAUGUCGGGAACAAAUUUUGUAGCUUGGAGACCACGGAAAAUAAACAAGAGAGCUUAGGCCUAUUUGCUGCGUUUGUGUGAUGACUGGAAAUGUGUGCGGUGCCCGAAACCCCACUGUUGCUGGCUGCGAGAAAGGCGAUUAUGAUGAACAAAUCCGACGUAUUCAGGCACAUCUCCGGCACAGUGAAUCAAAGAGGGUGGAACUGGAAAGAAAAAUGCUUGAAUACAGCACACCUGAUACUUCCAUAACUAAAUUGAAAUACGCAAAUCUAAAAAAAUAUUUAAAUGAAAUAUGUGAACGUCAGAAGAAAUCUCUGCUCCGAAACCAAGAUUUAUUAAAAGAAUUUGAUUGUAUUGAAGCUCACAUUAGGAAGUUUGCUUCAAGAUCAGAGUCCCUUCAAAAGCUAAAGGCAGAAUAUGAAAAAGAAAUUAAAAAUAGGCUGUUAGUUGAGAGAAAAGAUACGUUAAAACAUGAGAUGAGAGAUGGUCCUAAAUGUCAGAUGGUUCCAGAAGCAAGGCAGUCAAGAAUUAAUGCCAGGACAGCCAUGUCAAGAGGACUAUAUCAUUCAGCAACUAUCUUUAUGGGUCGCCAAAUGUCAGCUGUCUCAAGCGUUGAAGAUUUCGGUGCACUGCAGAAAUCUGAACUCACAAAGAGCUUUUCAAUUUCUGACCCAUAUUCCUAUAGACAACCAUCACAGAGCUGCUAUAUGACAGACAGCUGUGUAGUUCAAACUAAUAGUGAUCUACAGUGCUCAAAUAAGUCUGACAAAAUAGAUGGGAAGACAUCUCUGCUGAAAGCUGAAGAAAUGCCAGUCACAUCCAGUGUAUCAUAUGAGAAUGAAAGAACUUGUUUAAUGGGGGAAAGUAUAGCAAAUAAUGACAGCAAUAAUUUUGUGGAAAACAAUGCCCACCCUGAACCUAAAUCUCUGCUACACAGAAAAUUAAGUUUUGAGAACAGAUCCACCAGUCUGAAAAGUUACAGUUCCUGCAAAUCAUUGACCUGUGAACAUUCUUCACAAUAUGAACAAGGAACUAAAGAGCCCAUCUCAUUGAUCGGUGAUCCUGACUUACUUGUUUCUGCCAAUGAGUGCUCAGAAGAAAAACUCCCAGUUUUGGGGAGCACCAUACAAUUGGACAAAAAUAUACUGCAGGAGGAAGAUAAAAGUUUAAGUAGCAGCACAGAUCUUACUGUUUCAUUGAGUGAGGAGGAGGAGGAGGAGGAAUCAACUUCUUUGAAACUACAACAAAAUCUAAACAGUACAGAUUGCAAACUUGACAAUACAAUAUGUAAUAAUGAAGAAUAUUCUCAAAUGUUUUUUUCAACUGAACACUCAUGUUCUGGCCUCGAGCUAAGAGAAUGUCUAUCAUUUGAAGGAUUUUGUCAUGUCUUAACUUUCAUAGAAGAACUGGUGGCCAAAGUACCUUCUGAAUGCCCGGCAUUAUACCGGAGAGAAACUGCUAAUACAGCAGAACUAGAGAAGCUUAUAAGACUCUGUAAUAAAAGUGGCAAUUUGGCACAAGAAAACUUUGAUGCAUGUCAAGCACUGGUCCUUUAUCAACUUCAGAAAUUAUUGCAAAAUACAAUGAAUGGAUGCCUUUUACAAGAUAGAAUGCUUAAUGACAAAAGGGAAAGACUGAAUGAAGAACAAAGCAGAUCUGAAUUGACUUCUUAUUUUACUAAGAUUUGGGAACGUUUAAGCAAACAUAUCUUAUUCUUGCAAAAGCAUCACAUUUUACUCAGACAAGAAGUGAAAGACAUAUUUGGUACCCUAUUGAUUUUGGAGAAUCAUAAAGAAGAAAGCCCGACUUCUCCAGUGUUCAAAGACUUUGUAGAUGAUUGUGAAGACAGAUCAUUUUCCUGUAGUGAUAAAACCUCCUAUAAUUCACGAGCGAAAAAUAGCCCAGAAAAGCAAGGUUUAAACAUCAGUGGCUUAAAGGAACAAAAAAGUAAUGGAACCAGUUCUGAGCCCAGUUUUUCAUCUCUGGAGAGGAAAAGUUCUUUGCCAAGAGAUGAAAAUCAAAGAGGAAUAAUAUCUACAAUAAAAUCUAAAGCUUUUUGGGGUGAUUCUGAUGACAGCAAUUCUGAUAUUGAAGCAGCCCUACGCCCCCAGGAACACUGUUCACAAGAAGAUGGAUUCAGUGAUUUCUAUGACUGAAGACCUAGUUUGAUACUCACUUACAAAUGAUAAAAAGCCAGUAGCAAUUUUUAAGGAGGAAAGUGGUUUCAGGAAAGGUCAAUCUGGAAUGGAUACCCUGAUGGAAUGGAUAUCCUGAUAUACCUUACCAUUUUAGCCACACCAAAUCAUCCUUUCUCCUACUUUUACCCAAUAUUUUUGUGAAUGAUUAUAAGUCUUCUGAAAACCAAACUCAAAGAGCACCAAAAUCCCAACAACCUAAGAUUUACACCUGGAUUUGCUUGAAAUCUGAAGUACAAAGAAGAGAAAGGGAGAGUAAUUUUGGAGUUGGAAAACUGUAGGCGUUUAAUUUAUAUAUUCCCUCCUAUACCUGUUCCUUGAUCCAGUUGCUUUGUUGAAAAAAGUGUAUUCAUAUACUUGAAUGGCCUUCAAACUAAUGGAUCCAGUUCAGGUCAAAGCAACCACGAUGUUUAUUAAUGCCAUUAUGAAUUUUACAUUAAAUAAAAACAACUGAUAGGGUUGGGAUGUUGUUCAUAUUUGUAGUUUUAAUUGUUUACUACUGCUUGCAUCAGGAGGGAAGCUUUUAGUUAUGGAAAUAGUAGUUAAAAAAAUUAAAAGCAUGAUUAAAAGAGUGAUGAGGAAAUUUCACAAAAAGAGCAAUUGUAUGAAUAAUGGCAUUUCUGGCUUAGCUCUAUAUUUUUUUAACUAUAUAAGUAAAGCAUAUUAUUUCAGAAAUCAAGUUUGUAAACGUGUCUUCUUACCCUUAGUUUAGCUUGGACAACACAAGAUAUUAUAUUUGUUGUCUUUUUAUACUCCCAAUAAAGUGUACUGCUGAAAACCUGGAAGAAACUGUUCUCAUCUUUUGUUUAUAUUUGGAAAUUAAAUAAUCCUUGCACACUGAAAUAAACAGGAUCUUGACAGUCAAAAAAGAUUUGUUCUGAUCCAGCAAUUCAUUGUAAGCUAUGGUAUUAAGUAUUUGUCUCAUGCAAGAUUGGUGAUUGAGUCACAGAACAGUUUGCAAUCUUAUUUUUGUCUUCAAAGUGUUUUACAAACAUGUCACACUGAACUACUAAGGAUUCUAUUAGACCAGUGCUUCUCAACGUUUGUGUGACGGCGACCCCCGUCACACAAACGUGCCACGCAUGCGCGGCACCACCCCCAUGCACAGCGCGCAUGCGUGGCGCCGCCCCCCGAGGGGGAAAAAUGGCGGAUCGCCUUGUUUGGCGACCCCCGAGAAAUGGUCAAUCAACCCCAAAUGGGGUCGCGACCCAUAGGUUGAGAACCGCUGUAUUAGACCAUUCCCCAAACAAGAACCUCUAGACUUUGGGCCCUCACAAUGCCUCCACUGGAUGGAAUAAAGUAGAUACAAAUUCCCUUGAUUUAUAUUGCUUAGUGACCAUUCAAACUUAUUACAAAGGUACUUAUGACCCAGUUCCAAAGUUCUGAUGGCUGGCCCCAAAUGGUCACAUGACAUUUCAUUAGCAACAGCCCACAUUUAAGGCCAUUUUGCAGCAUCCCACAAUUUACCUUGUUGCCCAAAGCCAGCAUUUACUUCCAGGUUUUGGAUAAAAAUGUCUCAUAGCAAACAAUGGAUUUGUUUAAUGACUGCAGUGUUCACUUAAUGACUGCCACCCAAAAAGCCAUAAAAUUGGGUUGGUCAUGUGAUAAUUUAUAGGCUCCAUUACAGUUGAAAGUUUAAGAUUACCUAGACACUGGUAGAAGAAAACAUUUAAUUUUUGCCUGUAUCACUGCCAUAGAUUAGGCUUGAUAAUCAGAUGUUACUAAUAUUUGAUCAGAUUAAAGAUGAAUUUUCCAUUUCCUAGUAAUCCCUGGUUUAUUUCAUAGGCUUGGGUGUUCACUCUGAGCUGAAUGAAUUCUGGUGGGAGAAAGCAUUCAUCUUCCCCUCCUCAGCUAAAAUUUACAGUGUUUAUAAAGAUCAAGGGAGAGAAGUAAUUUAAACAUAAGGAUGGUCAAUAGCCUUUUGAUUUACAAGAUCUAUUGUUUCAUUCUCUCUCUGAUAGUAGAGAAAUAGGAAAACUCCUUCAUCUAGUGAUUACCUGGAGUUUGGCAGCCCAUAUCUGACUACCCUAACUAAUCACAACAUAUAUGCAACAUGCCAGUUAAUUUAUUGUAUAUAUAACAUGAAAUAAGAUGUGCAAAUCAGGUAACUGAGAUUUCUCUGCCCUACAAUGCACUCCGUGAUGGACUAAAUAAAUGGAUAGUAUUUUCCCCUUAAAUUAAAUGAAUUUGAUUAACUGUGUAAUCAAAUGGACUGUUCCCACGGUGUGCCCAAUGUCUCCCUGCCCAUUACAAACAAAUAAUGGAAAGGAAGGACACCAUGUUAAUUCGUUAGUAGGUCUCUUGUCCAUCAACAUCAUUCUAGCAAAGCUCUUUCUACAAAAACUCCAGUCAAGGGAGAUUCCGAUACAGAUCUUGAGUAUGCAAAAAAAAAAAAAAAA